AUGAUGCGAUUCGUUAUCUUCUCUCUGCUCAUCUCGAGCACUUUGGCUUGUCUUGGAGGCGGCGGUGGAUGCGGUGGCGGAUGCGGAGGCCCACCACCAUCACCAUGCGGAGGAGGCUGCGGAGCUCCACCACCAGCUCCAUGUGGAGGAGGAUGCGGAGGAGGAGGAGGUUUCCCAUCUGGUGGAGGUUAUCCAUCAGGAGGAGGUGGAGGAUAUGCCGCUCCACCAAUUGCUGGCCCAGCUCCUGGUGGAUACGCUCUUGCCGGU